CUCAGUAUAUGUGAGGCGAUGGUCAGAUAUCAUCGCAUUUAUCGCCUCAAGAAUAAAAAUAGAUAUACCUAUGCUUAGUGUACAUAACACAUAAGAGCAAUACAACAGUUUAGUGAAUAAAUGUUAUAGUCAAAAGCAUUUUUUGUGUUGUGCAAAAUGUUGUUAAUUGGAGCAGUGUUCUUGUCACUAUGGAUGAGUAUAAAUGCCCAGUCCUGCGUCACCCCACUCGGCGCAUCCAGCCAGUGCGUCUCUCUCUACGACUGUUCAGCUCUGUUGCAAGCGUUUGAACAGCGCCCCCUGCCGUCGCAUGUGGUGACCUUCCUGAGGAAGUCUCAGUGCGGCUUCGAGGGAUACGUGCCCAGGGUCUGCUGCGGACCACUGCCUCAGCAGCAGGCUGGCAGGCCUACUCAGGCUCCACCCACUGCCAGACCAACAUCUCAAAGCAGACCUCAGAGCGGUCGCGAGCCAGCAGCUCCAGAAGACAGCAGACCAGAGUCGGAAGGAAAAUGCGGAGUAGACACCAACGGAGACAGAAUCUAUGGAGGACAGUUCACUGACCUCGACGAGUUCCCGUGGAUGGCUCUGCUGGGAUACCGCACACGAAGCGGUGACAUGACGUACCAGUGCGGGGGGGUGCUGAUCAACCGGCGCUACGUGCUGACCGCGGCUCACUGCGUCACCGGCGCCAUCGAGACACAAGUCGGCACCCUAGCCACGGUUCGCCUCGGAGAGUACGACACACAGACCCCCAUAGACUGCAUGGAGAAGACCUGUGCGGAUCCCCCCCAAGAGAUUGCAGUGGACCGGGGAAUCCCCCACCCCGGCUUCGCAGAUGGCAACAAGAAUCGACAGGAUGACAUCGCUCUAGUCAGAAUGGCACAGCGGGCCGCUUACAAUUACUACAUCCAGCCGAUCUGCCUGGUGGGCAACAGCGCGAGGAUCGACGUCGGAGUGGACGUGUUCGUCGCCGGCUGGGGAAAAACCCUCAACGGACGGUCAAGUCCAGUGAAAACCAAGCUCGGUCUCCCCAUCUUCAGCAAGAGUGACUGCUUCCAAAAGUACAAGAAAUUGGGAGCAGCUUUAACAGACAAGCAACUUUGCGCUGGAGGGGUGUUCGCCCAAGACGCCUGUAGGGGAGACUCUGGAGGCCCCCUGAUGAAGAGGAGACCAGACGGAGUGUGGGAGGCAGUAGGAGUGGUGUCUUUCGGCAACGGAUGCGGCAAUGAUGGCUGGCCUGGAGUCUACACAAAUGUGGCCUCCUACAAAGACUGGAUUCAAUCCAUGCUGAGAUCGACGAACGUGUGAGGGAUAAUGGAUGUUUGGUUUAGGAAUGUUUUGACUGCUGCAUAGAUCUGAUUGUAAGGACUUGUAAAGUUGUGAUUAAACUUUUGUAAGCGGUUGCUGUUGGAGUUUAUGAUUGAGAUUUGUUCUAUUAUAAAGUGGAUAAAAUGCUUAGGCAUAAACUAUUUUUGAAAGCUAAGUAAUGUGUCUAUGAGAGGAAAGAAUAAAAGUAAUGCAUAUACCUAGUGCAAAGCAAUUGAGUUUGUUUUAACAAAUAGUUUAGGAAUAAAAAUCGAAAGUAACCCAUAUGCGGAAUAUUCUCCCUGCCAAGAAUCAAAAGUAUAAACCAAGAAUUUUCUCAUAGUAAAUAGCAAUAAGACUUUUAUAUGUAAAUGUAAGAUGUGCGAUGCCGUAAAAAAUCAGUGAUUAACUUUAUAAACUUAACAAUUUGGUAUUUUACCGAAUUGAUUAAUAAAAAAAUCACUGUUAACCACUUUGUAUCUCUGACUCUUAUCAUGUCAUAAAAAUUAAUUAAACAUUCUCUUAAUCUGAAUUUCAUUUGUGACUAGUUUCUUUUCAAUAUGUACGUAUGUGCUUUUCUUCCCCCCCAAGUCUGAUAUAACUUCCUAUUUAUAUCAUAACAUAAUCAUCAGCCCGCAGUUAUCUCCCGUUGUAUAUACUCGUAUAUUAUGGAAUAUUAUGUAUUAUUAUGAUGUAUGACUGUAUAUGUGUAUGUAUCGAUUUGGUAAGAGAAUAUAUAGGUAUCGUGUCAAUCCAGCAGCAAUUUAUCUCAAUAAUUGCAACGAGAUAAUAUUAAUAGGGGCAUGUCGAAACAAGGAAAAUGCUAUCGAAAACCUCCAUUGCGGAAACUAUACUGUACCUCUGAUCAUUUCCUUAUCUUUAUGGUAUAAUUAUGUAGUUAAAAACACAGUGUGUAGUAAUAAUAAUAAUUUACAGUUAA